AGCCGUGGCCAUUUGGGCCCAAGAUGCACCUGGGCACCCCACCGCACAUUUUUUGGCCCCGCCGAGGGCCCGACUCGCGAUGUCCGCGGCGGCGCAGCAGCAGCUCGUGACGCAGGCGCGCCUGGCGGAGGCCCUCGCGGCACUGAGGGAGGAGCUGCGUGGCGAGCUGCGCGCGGCCCUCGCGGUCCGAGGGCCAGCCCAGAAGCCGGGGGCCAGCGUCGGCGCCGAGGCGGCGUUUGUGGAGGCCACGUCGGGCGGAUCAAGCGAGUCGAGCGAAGUGAGCAACGAGCAGCGAAAAGACGCCAUGUGGUGCGAGGCUGCGCAGCUUCUGUCGCUCACCGCCGACAGCGCCGGAGAAGGGCGUCCAGAUGACAAGGACAUCGAGCGGCUCGAGCUGGAAACGGGCAUGCGGGAGUACAAGUUCCAGGAGAGCAUUUGGGACGCUGCCGCCGUGGAGCGGUUCAAGCUUGACCAUCUUGGCUCGAUGUUCACCUGGGUUGCGCUUCUGAUCAACGUGGCGGUGCAGAUCGUGAUGUGCAUCCUCAUCAACGACGCUUUGACGAGUCCACCUGUUGGCGAAGGCGACGUCGAGCAGUUCACGCUCUGGCGAACAGACGUGGCCCACAACAUCAAGUUCGUGGACGAGUUCACGCGUCGGUCGUUGGCGAGUAGGGUCUGCUCUUUCCAGGAAGUGCCUCUCUCUGAAGGGCCCAGGAAUGGGUUUGCUGCUAUCAGCCAGUAUUUGCCGAGAGUCGAAGACAGUGAAUUCAUUUCGGCACCACCUCUAGGGUACUUGAUGCGCUGGGAAUCCGUGGGCAGAAUGGUGUGCAUUGUUGCGCUUUGUAUUUGGUGGGCAACGGUGUUGAAGGAAGCGUUCAGCAUCUUUGACAUGUUCGAGUCAAUCAGGCUGCUGCCGAGGGGGAAGAAGACUGUCGUUUCCAGAGCCGACAACGGCUACAAGUUCGAAGCCGUCUCAAUCUUGCGGUGGCGUUUUGUUGUUGCCAUGCUUUUCGUGAGAGCUGGUAUUUGCGUCGCUCUGCUCACGUGUGGAACUUUCUAUUUGGUUGCGACUAUAUCGGUCGGUGACCUUUUGCUGAACGCUUUGGCGCUGGAGAUCGUCUUGGGUUUGGACGAGUUGAUCUUCUCGACGAUGGCUCCGAUAUCAGCGCGAGUACUGGUGCAGUCCAUGGAACCCCUGCCCAGGAAAUCCAGCAUUCUUUGCCGCGGUCUAGACUUCAAGCCGGCCGUUGCGCUGAUAUUCAUUGUGGCUGCCACCGGGUGUGUGAACACAUGGCUCCUGGUUCCUCAGACUGAGAUCCUGGAGCAGGCCCGAGAUGCCAUUUGCGGUGGCAACUUGAACUUCAUCGCUGGCGCUGACCAGUACGGGCUAGUCAACGCAGCUAAUCCAGGCGUUGAUGAGCUGGCGCAUCGCGACCCCAAAGAAACGUACAUGUACAAAGCAUUCAGGGAGCUUAUUGAAGCGGAUUCUUUGGACAUCCUCGACGACUAUUCUUCUUGUUCGACCGAUGGUUCGAUGUCUUGUUGGGAUACCCUUGGCAAGUUGAGCUGGUCAGGUCGUGGUAUUUCUGGAGGCCGCUACUCAGUGCAGGGUGUGGUAGACAUGCCAGUGGAAGAAGUCGGUGCAAGAAACAAUUGGGAAUGUGUCGAUCAGGAUUUGAGCAACGCUAGGGAUCGCGAAGAUUACUAUUGGCGUCAGACCCAGAUGGUCUUGCAGGACGCUGCUUAUAACGUAACGUCAAUCUCUUCUUGCAAAGACGUGCAGUAUGCGUGUUCUGAGUUUGGGGUUCGAGGCCUUCGGGCGAGGCAGUAUUGCCCUCAGACCUGUGGCUGUAACAAUCCAGUUUCCCCACUCCGGCUGUGGUCGGCCAAGAUGGGCUGCCCCGCAGGUUGCUGCAGACACCCAACUUUCGUCGAUAAGCUGCACGAUCUGAAGUGCACGGACUGGACUCCAGAGAAGCCUCAGAUCGUCGAUGGCGAGGACUUGCUCCAUGUGGUCCAGGAAAGUCUUUCCGAUGUGCUUAAAGAUGCUUAUUUUGAGAAUUUUAGUUCUAUUUUGCACGAGGGUGGGUGCCCUGCAGUGGUGAAGCUUUUCCGAGGGACGAUCUGGCCGGGCGAUCUUUGCGCCGAGUCGAACAGCGCAGACGUUCGACCCAUCACCCCGCUGUGCCCCAUCUCGUGCGGAUGCGACAAGCACGCUGGGCUACUGUGCCCCACUGCAUGCGCGCAGCAUUCGACUUAGGCAUAUACAUGCUCUUUUGUUUUACCGAGUGGUUGUGCACACGCGUUGCAAGGGAUGUCUCGCUUUUGCCAUGGCGUGGCGGGCGGGGCUGAGCGCAGAUUUGUCGGCAGCGCGGGAUGAAACACACACUUUGCGUUGAUAUCGUAUGAGUGGGUUCGCGUGGAA